AUGUAUGCAGGUGUCCCCUUAAUUUGUAUCCCGUCUGUUGGUGAUCAAAUUUACAAUGCAGCAAUUGUUGAACAGUUAGGGAUUGGUAUUUAUGUAAGAAGAUACCUUAUGGAUGGUUCGGCAUAUGUUUUUGAGGAAGACCUUGAGAAUGCUUUGAAUGAGAUUUUCGAUGAAAAGUAG